CACUGCACCCCUGAAAACGGACUGAGGUGGUUCCGUCCGUUCAUGAAUCCAGCAUGGAGGCACUGAUGACAAGUAGCUUCCUUACCGGGUCUGCAACUUACAGCUUUUAAACAUCUUGUUAGCUAUUUAACUUGAUUCCCGCUCAUCACCGCGCUCUCUUGAGGGAACAAAGAGGGUUUUUUUUUUUGCGCACAAUACGCGAGACUGCAGUUAGCGAAUAUUAGUGAUUGAGCAGCCGUGUGCCUGAAACCGACCCGGAUGGACUCGGAGGCUAUCACCGGAGUGUACGGACAGGUAUGCGGCCUCUCUACUCCGGUUUCUGCUCACGUGAGCGAAGAGCAGCUGCCGGAAGUUGGGGUCUACAAAGUGACAGCAGAAUGGAGUCAGAGCGACCUGGUCCGAAGCUCCAGACUUCGGUACUCUCAGCAGUGGACUCUGAUCACAGACAGCAACAACCACAGGAGCAUCGGGACAGUCCUCACGCCAGGACCGUGUGUGUCUCUGUCUGGAGAGUUAUUGAGCGACCUCUCACCCACCCAGAACCUGAGGGCUGUUGUCAGGGAAACGGGUAGCCACCAGCUCCUGGAGAUAUGGGAUUGCCACGGCCUCAGGAAAUGCCUCAGCCUGUCGGCUCUCAACAUGCACGGCAGAGUGUACGAUGAUGCUCAGUUUGGCUGUCUGUCUUGGUCAAAGUGUGAAAAAAAACUUCUUUACGUAGCAGAGAAGAGCAAGAACUCAGCAGCAGAAACACAUUCAGGGGAGUCUACAUUCAGAAAAGACAGGAGCAUCUACUGGGAGGACUGGGGGGAGGCUAUGACCAAUAAGAGCAUCCCUGUGAUUUGUGUGGUGGACUUGCAGACUGGUUCGGCCAGCGUGUUGCAGGGUGUCCCGCUUGAUGUCUCACCAGGACAGGCUGUUUGGGCUCCUGACAGUCAGUCUGUGUUUUUUGUCGGUUGGUACCAUGAACCGUUCAGACUCGGGCUGAAGUUCUGCUCCAAUCGCAGAUCAUCUUUAUUCAGACUCGACCUGAGUGGACACUGUGAACAUCUGUCAGGGGACAACCUAUCGGUGUCCUGUCCCAGGCUGAGUCCGGACGGAUCCGUGUUGAUUUACCUGCAGGGGGAGGUGUUUGGACCUCACAACCAGUGCCUCCGUAUACAACAGCUGGACCUGAAGAGCAAGAAGACGUCAACGUUGGUGGAUGUUGUCAACAGACCUCAAAAUGGGGAGUUUGCAGGUGUGUAUGAAGCCAUGCCGUCCUGCUGCUGGUCUGAGGACGGUCACAGGCUCGUGUUCAGCAGCGCCUGCAGGAACUGGAAGGAUCUUUUUAUGGUUGAUCGAAGAUCCCAAACCGUCACCUCCCUGUCUGAUAGUAAGAGUCCAUCCACUCCUCUCCUUCUGUCCUCCUCCUCAUCUUUUCACUUCCCUCCUCCUCCUUCCUCUCCAAUCUCUCCUCACCUGCCUCCUCCACCUUCCCCAUACUGGUCUUCCUAUUCCCCUCCUCCUCCACCCACUCCUCUGGCCUAUCUUCCUCCAGCUUCUUCUUCUUUUCUUUUUUUCCCAAACUCAUCUCCUCCUCUUGCUGCUGAGUCAUACUCUCUUCGUCCCCAUCCUCUUCCUCCACCUCCCCCUCCUCUCUCAUCAUCUCAUCUUCACCAGGAUCCUCAAAGAGAGGUGAAAGAAUCCUCCAGAGUUUACGGUAGCUGGAAGCUGCUGACGGUCCAGAGAGACCUGAUGGUCGUCUGCUGCUCCAGCCCCAACACACCUCCCACUCUGAGGGUGGGAUUCAUCCCGUCAGAUGGUGAAGCUGUGACCUGGAGAACGCUGCAGCAUCCCGUUGUGACUUUUAACUUCCUCUGGACAACUCUGGAUAUCACACCUCCACCUGAGGACGACGACACACGCUACUCUGGUUUAGACUUCGGAGCCGUCCUGGUUAAACCAUCUCCUCUUCCUGAUGGCACCACGACCCCUCUUGUCGUCUUCAUCCAUGGUGGUCCUCACUCCCAGUUCCCCGCAGAGUGGAACAGCACCACAGCUGGACUGGUUAGACUGGGUUUUGCUGUGCUCAUGGUGAACUAUCGGGGAUCUACAGGGUUCGGCCAGGACAGCAUCUUGUCCCUGAUUGGUCAGAUUGGGAAUCAGGAUGUCAAAGAUGUACAGCGGGCGGUGCUCACUGCGCUGCAGGGUGACAAAACUCUGAACCCUGAACGCUUAGCUGUGAUUGGCGGUUCCCACGGUGGUUUCCUGUCAUGUCAUCUCAUUGGUCAGUACCCGGACUUCUACAGGGCAUGUGCAGCCAGGAAUCCAGUCAUUAAUGCUGCCACGUUACUGGGAACCAGCGAUAUAGUGGACUGGCGUUACACGAGUGCUGGAUUCCUCUUCUCAUAUGAUAAUAUCCCAACUGCUGAAGCCCUGGCCGUUAUGCUGGAGAAAUCGCCCAUCACACAAGCUGCAAAGAUCAAGGCUCCGGUGCUGCUGAUGUUGGGUGGAAAAGACAGACGGGUGUCUCCUCACCAGGGCCUGGAGCUUUACAAAGUGCUGAAGAGCCGAGGGUCAACUGUCAGGUUGCUGUGGUUUCCAGAAGACGGUCACUCUCUCUCCAGGGUGGACACUCAGGCUGACUGCUUCCUCAACACUGUGCUGUGGUUGAACCAGCAUCUCUGAAUGUGCGUGUGCGCGUGCACACACACACACACACACCGUAAUCCAAUGCUGAAACGUAUCUUCUGUCGUUGUAACAACAAAAACAGCAUCUUUACACUGAAGUGAACCAUGGGCGUUGCUAGCCUGUUUUUGGGGGGUGCUGAAGCACCCCUAAAUUGAAUCCCUGCACUGCUAAAGUUUGAGAUUUUUUAAGUUGCAUGCUUAUAAAUUAUAGCUUCAUACAGUUAAAACAUGUAGUGGAAUAAAUCUGUCUCCCUUUUCCUUUUCAAGCUCUGUUAUUUGUUUUCUUGUCUUUUAACUAUUUCCUCUCGGUCCUCAGAAAAACUGAUGCCUGGCUUCCUACUUUUGUCCUCUUCCUUAAAUAUCCAUUACAAGAGGUUUGUUGUUAUUUUUGAAAAGAACAAAACAAACGCAUAAUUUUGUUUAUAUUAAGUUUUAAAAUGUUGAAGAGAAAAAAUCUUUUGCAAAAAAAUUAUGGAUGCUUUUUAUUUUUUAUUAUGGGAAGUUGAUAUUAGUGGGAAUUGAGCAAAUAGACGAAGCUGAGCUUAGUUUCUAUCUAACCAUUUAUUUUCCGCUCGAGCGUCUUUAAUCUGAUUUAAGCCCUUAUAAAACUACAAUACCUGGACCAGUGGGUCCCUGUGUAAGGUUACCAAGAUUGUAUUAGUAAAAAUUACAUUUAUAAAAUCCCAGCAACACAUCAGAUAGUAUAAUCAGAGUUAAAACUGUCUGUGAAGGGGACUGGCUUGUCUUGAACACAGGGAAUGGGUCUUUGUUUGGAUCCACUGACCUAGACUCUUCAAACCUGGAUUAGAUUAUUCUACACUGAUAGCAGAAUCUGUGGUUUGUGAACCUUCUUUGACUUGUAAAAAAUGAUUAUUUUUUUUCUUUCACAAAUUUGGGAACAGAAUAGCAUUAAAAUGUACAUGAGUGCUAAAUUUAUUUUGCCUGGCCGAUCUCUGUGUGCUGCUCAGCCCCCUAAACCUCUGAUGCUAGAAUCACCCCUAAAGCGAACUAUUUUUCAUACUGAUUUCUGAAUGAACGUUUGUAAUAAAUAAAGUAGACAACAGUAAA